CGUAACUAUACCAGACAAAAUAGAUAUGUGCAUAGAGUCUAUGGCUAAAUCGAUUCCAGAUAUCCUUCCUCCCUUCAAUUAUAUAUCAGAAAACCUAGAAGAAAUUGUCAAAAUCUGAUUUAUACAAAAUUAAGACACCCUUCCCUCCUUGAAUCAGACCAAAAAUGGACAUUAGCACAGAGUCCAUGGCUAUAUCCAUGGGAGUUCUCCUCCUAGCAGCUUUUCUUCUCCUCCUAAACAAGUCCUCUGCAAGCACUAAAACCCAUCUUCCACGGGGAACCAUGGGCUGGCCGGUAUUGGGCGAGACCCUGCAAUAUGCAGCCUUGAGGAGGGCCAACAGAGGCCGUGACUUUUACGAGGAGAGAAGAAAACGAUACGGACCCCAAAUCUGUAAAACCCAUUUGCUGGGAUCCCCUGUGGCCAUCCUCCAUGGCUCUGCAGGCAUCCGAUUUCUCCAUUCCAACGAAAACAAACUCGUCCAAAGCACUUGGCCCUCUUCUAUCAUCACUCUAUUCGGAAACUCCCUCUUUGGUAAAGCUGGGGACGAUGCCAAAGAUCUGAGGGCAACGUUGCUCACAUUUUUGAAGCCUGAGGCUCUGCAAAAGUUCGUGGGCACAGUUGAUUCCAUCGUGAAUGAGCAACUGAGUCGGGACUGGGUUGGAAAGCAACAAAUCAAAGCCUUUCCUCACAUCAAGCGUUGCUUGUUUUCCGUGGCUUGUGCUCUCUUUGUCAGCCUUGAGGAAGGAGCACUUCAGGAUGAGCUUUAUGCCCAUUUUCUCGAUUUGCUCACCGGAAUGAUGAAGAUUCCUCUGGAUUUGCCGGGGACUCUGUACCGGAAAGCCAUUGUUGGCAGCAACCAGAUCCGCCGGAUUCUUCAGACUUUGAUUGAGAAGAGAAGAAAGGAUCUGGCAAGCGGUUCGGCUUCCUCAGAACAGGAUCUUUUGUCUUUCUUGCUUUGUAAUAAAGAUGAGCGUGGGAAUACAAUGGCGGAAGGUGAUGUUAAGGAUAAUAUUAUGAUGCUUUUGAUAGCCGGGCAUGACACCAGCGUUAUAACUGUGACGAUGCUUUUGAAAUUUCUGGCUCUCAAUCGAGACUGCUACCGUGAAGUCCUUAGAGAGCAAGUGGGUAUUGCCCAUGCGAAGGGAGAAAAGCAGCUGGAAUGGAGUGACCUUCAGAAAAUGAAGUACACAUGGAGAGCUGCUCAGGAGACUCUUAGAAUUCAUCCUCCUUCAGAAGACACGUGGCGCAAGGCCCUCGUAGACAUUUCGUAUGGUGGUUUCAUUAUCCCCAAAGGGUGGAAGUUGCUAUGGUCAACAAAUUCAACUCAUAAGAGUGCGGAAUAUUUUGACGAUCCCGAAAAGUUUGAUCCAUCAAGGUUCGAGGGAAAUGGCCCUUCUCCUUACACAUUUUUGCCAUUUGGAGGUGGGCCAAGAAUGUGCCCAGGGAAUGAAUUUGCACGUAUGGUAAUACUUGUGCUUAUUCACAACAUUGUUACUAAGUUUGAGUGGGAUUUAGUAGAUGUGAACGAGAAGGUGAGUGUUGAUCCAAUGCCUGCACCGGUGGAUGGCUUGCCCAUCCAAAUCCGUUGCCUCUCUGUUGCUAGUUUAAGUGCCACAUAGUAAAUUUGGUAUAUUGUUCAAAUCUUAAAGUUUCACUUUUAAUGGUUGAUUCCUUCGAGCUUCUACAUUUCAAUAAUGUGAAUGGAUAAUCACGAA